CCCACGCAGGGCAUAGCCCAUUAAAGAGUUUGCAAUGAAGGCAAAAAAAUAACGACCAUGAAGAGUUUUUUUCUCUUUCCUCCUAACAAACGCUGCCACGUGUUCUCUUCUUUUUCUAUAUCAUUCUUGCUGAUUCAACCCAAUUCUUCUAUUUUACCUUCAUACAUACAAUAUUGAGUAAUCACAAUGCCCACCACGGUUGCUGUCUCCGUACCUCAAAAUCAAAACACUAACCAUGGAGUCGAAUCCCCCAAGAAGAACAAAAUUCAGGUUUCUAACACCAAGAAACCCCUUUUCUUUUACGUCAAUCUUGCCAAGAGGUACAUACAACAGCGCAAUGAGGUUGUGCUUUCUGCUCUUGGAAUGGGUAUAACCACAGUUGUUACAAUUGCGGAGAUUUUGAAGAACAAUGGACUUGCUAUUGAGAAGAUUUCGACAUCUUCAGUUACAAUGAAGGAUGAGACCAAAGGUCGCCUGGUUCAAAAGGCUAAGAUUGAAAUUGUUCUGGAGAAAACUGAGAAGUUUGACAGUCUGACGGCUGUUGCAAACACUGAAUCAGAAGUAGUUGCAGCUGACGAUGACAAUCAUGAGAAGAAAUGACAAAUAUAGAGUCAGGGUGAUCUGUGAUCUGUGAUCUCAAUGUACUGGUUAACAUCCCAUACUCAAACAUUCUCUUGUGUUGUUUGCAUUCAAAGACGUCGUACAUAUAUAAAUGGAUAGAUUAGAUGAUUGUUUCGUUGAAUACCAUCGAUCAAGAAAAAUUGUUAUCAAGUUACAAUGAUAAGACUCCACUUAGUGGUCAAACAUGUAGCUAGAUAGAUUCCCAUUUUUCCAAUAUUGUGUCACUUUAAACUGUAUUCCUACACAUAUAUGAUUCUUAUGUGAUGUUACUCGUUCCAUAUUUUCAUUAUUGAUGGAAUUUCUGUAGAGAUU